GGAACGAAUUUGACAAGACUUUCAACCGAAAGGAACGACGAUGGCCACUUUGAAAACUUUGGUCUGUCACACUUGUUGUUCUUCUUCGUCACUGCUGACGUCGUCGCCAGAUAUUUCUCCCUCGUCGGCCCCUCUCUCCUUUUGCCGUCGUACCAGCAGACUGAUAAGACCCCCCGACUCGGCCAUCGUUUGCUUGCUUCGUCCCCAACCUCACGUGCCCGUCCUAGCCCGCGUUGCUCUUGCUCAAACCAGACCCAGAGCCAGUCUAUCUGCAACAAUGGCAACUGGAGUGAAAGAGGUUCUUCCACCGGCUCUUACCUCUACUUCAGACCCACCUCCAAUCUUUGAUGGAACGACAAGAUUAUACAUCUCUUACACAUGCCCGUUCGCGCAGCGUGUGUGGAUUACCCGGAACUGCAAGGGAUUGCAGGAUGAGAUCAAGUUGGUCCCUAUUGAUCUGCAAAACAGGCCUGCUUGGUACAAAGAGAAAGUCUACCCAGCUAACAAGGUGCCAGCCUUGGAACACAACAAUGAAGUAAGAGGAGAGAGUCUGGAUCUAAUUAAGUAUUUAGAUGCUAACUUUGGAGGACCUUCACUUUUGCCUGAGGAUCCUGCAAAGAAAGAGUUUGCAGAAGAGCUCUUCUCGUACACCGACACGUUCAGCAAAUCCGUUGUCUCCUCGUUCAAAGGAGAAGGGGACGACCAAGCUGCCGCUGCAUUGGAUUUCAUCGAGCAGGCCUUUUCCAAAUUUGAGGACGGACCUUUCUUCCUUGGGCAGUUCAGCCUGGUUGAUAUUGCUUAUGCUCCAUUCAUCGAAAGAUUCAAGCCAUAUCUACAAGAAGUGAAAGGCACUGACAUUACAGUAGGCAGGCCAAAACUGGCAACCUGGAUAGAGGAGAUGAACAAAAACGAGGCUUACACUCAGACCCGCCGUGACCCCAAGGAGCUUGUGGAAAGCUACAAGAAACGAUUCUCGGCCCAGCUCUGAUCUGUCUCGCUGAUCUUGAGGCCCAAGUGGUCUAUUAUCACCUCCCUAGAGUUAAGAGGGAACAUGGAUGUCUGGUUUUGCAGAGAAACUAUGUCUAUCAAGAGUAAGAGCAGCAUUCUCGCAGUUUCUCUUGUUUCUGCGUUGAUUUAAAGUAAACUAGCGCAAAAAUGCAGUAAAAGCUAAUGCAAUAAUGUAAGGGCUCAUCAGGGUCUUCAAAAUUUUACUCCUUUGCGACUUCUAAAGUCAAACUGAACCUAAUUAUCGAUC